AUGGCGAUGGCGGGAGGGGUAGAGUUGAGGCUGAACGGAGCAGUUGUGAAAGUGCAACCCGCGGAAACAGCGGGAGAGAUGGGGAAAAUAACUGUAGACGUGAAGGAGCGAUCGCCGGAUGAGCUGGAAGCGCAGGUGAAGAAGCAAGGCGAGGCCAUGGCUCCUCUGAAGCGAGAGGUGGACGAAAUGAGGCACGCGUUGGUGAAAGGGGCAUUGGAGAUUAUGAGAGGGGGGGACAAUCAUGACGCAGGCAGUGCCGCAGCGGGAAAGGACGCGGACGGCCUCCCAGCGCAGCAGCCGCCGUCGAAGGGCGAGGCGCUUAUGGCCCUGGUGGACGCCAUGAUCGCGGCGCGGGUGAAGGACGCACGGGACGAGCUCGAGUCGCAAGCGGCGGAGAUCGCGGACGUGAAGGCGACGGCGGCGCACACCGAGGCGCGGAUGAACGACGUGGAGUUGGAGGUGGCGGAGUGGAAGGACGCGCCGCGGGAGAAGGACGCGCCACGCGCCGAGCGCAGCGACGCCAGCGGGAGGGAACAUGCGGGCGCGAAGGGGCACGAGGGGAAGAGGCGGAAGAGGGAGGAGGCAGGGAAGGGGGACGAGAUCGCACAUGCUGCUGGUUCUCCCGAUGUCGCUGCUUGCGGAGGUGCAGUACCGGCCGUCGAUUCUUCAGCUUCUAUAGAAAAGCGGAAUGCAGCGGAUGAGACGAAAUGGGAGGUUGAAUGGCAAGAGCUGAAGGGCUGGGUGGACGCGAUGGCAUGCCGAGUGGCGAAGCUGGAGAAGACGAGUGGCGAAGGGAAGAUGAUAUGGGAGACAAUGCUCACUCUGUGGGCGGCAGCUGCACCAGGCUAG